GGUUCGGACAUUCCAUGCCUGGAAGGAACUUGACUGGGCUCCAGCUUGAGAGGGGGAUUUUGCCUCGCAGUUUACUCUGUGUGCUCCAGUUCGGGGAUGACUCGCUCGGUUUAAAAAUGCUGCUUUGGAUUCUGUUGCUGGAGACGUCUCUUUGUUUCGCCGCCGGGAAUGUGACAGGGGACGUUUGCAAAGAGAAGAUCUGCUCCUGCACCGAGAUCGAAGGCGACUUGCACGUCGACUGCGAGAAAAAGGGCUUCUCCAGCCUGCAACGCUUCUCGGCCCCCACUUCCCAGUUCUACCAUUUGUUCCUGCACGGCAAUUCCCUCACCCGCCUUUUCCCCAAUGAGUUCGCUAACUUUUACAAUGCAGUCAGCUUGCACAUGGAAAACAACGGCUUGCACGAAAUCGUGCCGGGGGCUUUCCUGGGGCUGCAGCUGGUGAAGCGGCUGCACAUCAACAACAACAAGAUCAAGUCGUUUCGCAAGCAGACCUUCCUGGGCUUGGACGAUCUGGAAUACCUCCAGGCUGAUUUUAAUUUAUUGAGGGAUAUUGACCCGGGGGCGUUCAGGGACUUAAACAAACUGGAGGUGCUGAUUCUCAACGACAACCUCAUCAGCAUCUUGCCUGCCAACGUGUUCCAGUAUGUGCCCAUCACCCACCUGGACCUGCGGGGCAACCGCCUGAAAACCUUGCCUUACGAAGACGUUUUGGAGCAGAUCCCGGGCAUUGCUGAGAUUUUGCUGGAGGAUAACCCAUGGGACUGCACCUGCGAUCUGCUCUCCUUGAAAGAGUGGCUGGAGAACAUCCCCAAGAACGCGUUGAUCGGUCGGGUGAUUUGUGAAGCCCCCACUAGGUUACAGGGCAAGGAUUUAAAUGAGACCACUGAGCAAGAGCUGUGCAGAAAAAACCGAGUGGAUUCCAGCCUAGCUGCUCCACCUGCAGAAGAGGAGACCUGUGACCCUGGCCCCAUUCCGACCCCUUUUAAGAUCCAUGGCAAGGAAGAUCCUGCCACACCUGGCUCUGCUCCUCACGGGGGUACAAAGAUCCCUGUCAACUGGCAAAUCAAGACCAGACCUACAGUGGCUGGCUCUACCCUCAGCGUGAAAGGCAAGUCCUCAACCAGCACACCUUGUCCUGCCACCUGCUCUUGCCACCAGAUCCCUGGAGGAUUCAAGGUGAAUUGCAAUGAUGGCAACGUCAGCAGCCUGGUGGAUCUGAAACCCAAGCCAUCCAAUGUGCAUGAGCUGUUCUUGAGAGGGAACAAGAUCCACACCAUUCGAAAAUCGCAUUUUGUGGAUUACCGGAAGCUCAAUCUGUUGGAUUUGGGGAACAACAACAUUGCCACAAUGGAGAACAACACCUUCAAGAACCUUUUGGAACUGGUGUGGCUCUACAUGGACAAUAACUAUUUGGACAUUCUGUCUCGGGAGAAGUUCAAUGGCUUGCAAAACCUUGAGUACUUAAACAUGGAAUUUAAUGUUAUCCAGCUCAUCAUGCCAGGGACAUUUAAUGCCAUGCCUAAAUUGAGGGUCCUCAUCUUGAAUAAUAACCUUCUGAGAUCCCUCCCUGUUGAUGUCUUUGCAGGGGUCUCUCUCUCCAAACUCAGCAUCCACAACAACUAUUUUCUGUACCUGCCAGUGGCAGGUGUGCUAGACCAGCUCACAUCCAUCACUCAAAUAGAUCUGCAUGACAACCCAUGGGACUGUAAGUGUCCCAUUGUCCCUUUCAAACAGUGGGUGGAGAUGCUGCGGCCCAAGGUGAUGAUGAGUGACCUGAGAUGUGAGACUCCAGAAGAAUUCUUCAAGGAGGACUUUGAAACCCUCUCCAAUGAGGCCAUUUGCCCUCAACUCAAAGUCUUGCCCACUUUGACUUCCACCCAUAAGAAUAGCACUGGGUUGGCCGAGACUGGGACUCACUCCAACUCCUACCUGGAGACCAGCAGGGUCUCCAUCUCAGUGCUGGUGCCUGGCCUUUUGUUGGUCUUUGUCACGUCUGCCUUCACCGUGGUUGGCAUGCUGGUCUUCAUCUUGAGGAACCGAAAGCGCUCCAAGAGGAGGGAUGCCAACUCCUCUGCCUCUGAAAUCAAUUCCUUACAGACAGUCUGCGACUCCUCCUACUGGCACAAUGGACCCUACAAUACAGAUGGAGCCCAUAGAGUGUAUGACUGUGGCUCUCACUCCCUAUCGGACUAAGACACAAGAGUGGGGGAAUACAAACAUUGAAAUUAAAGAUUAAAGUCAUAUAUGGGCAAACAGUUCAACUUCAGCAGCUAGCAACCUCGACUCCCUUCCAGUGGUUCAAAGCUCCCUUUCCCUGAUCUGUGCAUUGCUGUCUUGUCUGCUGAUGUGAAUGGACCACAACAAGGGUUGGGGCUUAGCCCUUCUAGAGCUACCUUCUUACCUGCCCACUCACCAAACUGGGGCUAAAAGCCAUGAGUGGAGGCCUUUCUUCUUUUCUUUUCUUCCCUUUUUUCCCCCUUUUUUUCUUUUCUUUUCGCCUAGCCCUAACUUGCUGUGCUUGGUGUAGCCGUGCACAGCAUAGCCAAUGGGAAACAAAGAAGGAUCCAUUAAAAGAGCCAAGGAUGGCUCAACUUGGGGCGAGAGAGAGAGAGAGAGAGAGAGAGAGAGGGAGUAUGCACUCUUCUGCAGGAUGACCUAUGACCAUGUGGAUUUAUUGGCCCUGUGCGUGGUGGGAAGACAAGGGCUCCCCUUGUGCCUUCCUCAUUGCGUACAAAGCAGGAGUGUCCAGUUGCACGAAGGCAUGAAUGUAUUGUAAAUAAAUAACUCUGAUCUAGAAAGAACAAAACAAACAAACCCAAGUUGCUGCAUGGUUCGCAUGGAUACAAACCACCCAGGGACGCUUCAGCCCCAAAUGGAAGCAGCGUCCAGUUCACCUCGUCCUCCCUCUUACCUGAUAAGUUCCAUCGUAUCAAACUUUCUAUAUACAAAACACAGUAUAAUAAGAAUAAAAAAAAGUGCCAUUUCGCCAUUAUUUUUGUGUGAUUGCUAGGCAGUAGAGAUCGUCCUUUUACUGUGAAACAAACAAGGAAAAAUGUAAAGAUUUUAUUUAAGACAUGUUUGCAUGGCUAUACUCUCAUGGGUUCAGAUUUUGCGUUUGGGGGUGGGGAAAAUUACUUUGUUGGGCAGAUUUGCUUUCUGUUGGGGGAGGGAGGAGGGGGCCAAUUUGCUUCUGGUUAUUUUUUGAGUUUCCUUUGGAAAUCGACAUCUCCAAUAAUGCCUUUCCAUCUGAAUGUAAAACAAAAAAUACCCUUGGCAUUUUCUCUGAUGAUAAAAAAAGUGUUAAAAUAUUUGGGUUU